AUGCGUUACUCAUUCACCAUCACCGCUCUGAGCCUCAUCUCAUCGGCUUGUGCAAUCACCAUCACCGCUCCGGCAUCGGGCGCAUCGUGGGAUUUCUCCACUGCCAAAACCAUCAAAUUCACCAGCGGUUCUGGUGAUCCUUCAGUAGUCAGCAUCAUCCUUAAAAGUCAGGAUGGCUCCUUCCAGACCAAACUGGCGGAUAACGUCAAGACCUCUGAGGGCGAAUAUACCACUCAGCCUAACCCUAGCAUUUCCAACGGAAAUGACUACGAGAUCCAGAUAAUUGAUUCCUCUGGCCAGCUCGCCGUCAGUGACAGUUUCACUGUCAAGAAGGGCGCUUCGGAUGAUGGUACUACAUCCUCCCCUUCUUCCACUUCCUCUUCCACGUCUACUUCCAUCAUCACCACUACCACCACCACCACUACCACCACUACCUCUUCCUCCACUUCUUCUUCCACAACAUCCAGUGCGACCACUACUCCAUCAGUCACUUCCACCCUGACAACCUCGGCAUCUUCAACAUCCGCAUCGUCGACUAACUCUACCACCACUUCUGUAGCCAGGUCUUCCAGUUCUUCCGGCUCUUCAUCCACCAGUGCCUCCGCGUCCCCUGUGCACUCGACUGGUGCUGCGCCGUCUCACUUGAGUGCUCCCAAGGGAGCCAUGGCUCUGCUCGGUGCUGCCUGCGCGCUCUUCUACGUCUAA